AUGGAUAUAGGACACUUCACAUCCCAGAGUCUAUUCAAAGAUAAAGCAGAGGGAGGAGGAGGUGAUUUCAUGUGUGUGUGUUUAUGGAAAAAAACAGGCAGGUAUUCACAGGUCUCAGCUUUCUUCCUCUUCCCUCCUUCUUUUGUGGCAGAUUCCCUCAGUGAAAGAGAGGAACUUCAAAUUCCUUUUCAAGGACCCGGGAGCCUGAGCACACAUUCACGGACACCUGGACGACCCUGCAACCAAAAUCUCAACUCCACAUCUUACAUUUUAAGGGUGCCAGGGCCACACUCUUUUCCUUUUCCCAGUGUUUCCUUCCCUCCUUCCACCCCCUUUCCUGCGAUGUCCACCCCUUUCCCUCUUCUCCAACCGAGAGGCAUCGACCACAGCCUGCCAACCUGUAGAGAGACUCAGUGCAGUAACCAUGGUGACUGUGUGGGUCCUUCGGGUGGUGGUACCGUUCUGAUUUGUGAGUGUGACCUGGGCUACCAGGGCGAAUUCUGCGAGGACACGGUCAACGGGGCGUUAAAUGUGCCGCUGACCCUGAGUGUGCUGGGCGUCAUCGUUGGGUUGCUGAUCCUGGCUUUCAUCGUUGCCAAGUUGCGACGGAAACAAAAGAAGAAACGCAGGAGAAAUAUUGCAGAAAACACUGGCUACAACGUUGCUCUGUAAUGAGGGGAAAUCUCCAUUGUAACUAAGGUCAGUCAUUGUGGCCAGUGACACUUCCAUAAGCUUUCCUCUGCAGAGAGGUAACAGCACACCUUGUUUAAUGGAACCAGGUCUACUCUUCUACCAUGGCACCAGACUGUAUGACUCUGACACUUAACUGAACUUCUAAGAGACAAGGUUUACUAGUGACACAACUUCACUGCUGUAACUAUGUUUUUCAUAUGUCAGCCGAUGAUACUGAUCAGAAAUGACAUGCAUGUAGCCUACAAAUGUCUCCAAAGCUCUUAGGUGGUUCAUUUAGACAGGUGAAAGUAGUAAAUUAGUAAAUUAUAGUAAAUUAUUUAGGUAGAUGGGGUAAUAUAGCUGUGCUGUUUGCAAACAUCAUACUUUCAGGGAUAAAAGUUAAAAAUUUGAAUUUUUAACAAAAUCAAGUGAUAUCUGGAAAACAUAGUUCUGGGAAUUAGGCUUUGUCUACUACCAUUAUUUGCUUAUUAGUGCAAUAAAAAUAUUUUUAUAUUUACCUGUAUAGUGCAUUAUAUUCAUUACUGGCUACAAGUUUUGAACCUGCAGUUCACUGAUGUUGAUGUAAAAUUGUAACCUUUAGUCCCAAAAGUAGAUGCUACCAUUUUGGUGUGAAAAAAUUAUGUUUUGUAUGAAACGUGAUAGCCACAGGAUUACAUUUUCUAUCAAUGUAAUGAUCUGUUGUUAACGUUUGUAUUUGGCAUCAUCAUCAUCAUCAGAAAAAUGUUCACAGAGGACAUUUGUUUUCAGCUAGAGUAUCUGUUAUCCACUUUUAAUGACUACAGCAUUAUUUUUAUGUUUAUGUUUAGACACUAACAUCACUUGGUGAAGGCAAGGGAAAGACUGUGGUCUGGUUUGAUACAGAAAUAGCUCCCACUGAAACUAGAUGUCCAUGAAUCAAAACUACAAUCUUUCCCUAAGCUUAACCAAAGCGCUUUUCCUGCCUAAACUGAACCAUAGGUGGGUCUCUGGUCUGCUGAUUUUUUAAUAAAUGAAAUGCUUUAUUCCUGCAAAAAAAAAAUAAAAUAAAAAUAUGCUGCCUAUGAAGAUAAUCCAGCCAGAGAUUACAUUUGCUGUUGAGAGUAAACAAGCAUCGACUCCUGACAGAAAGUUCCUCUCCGUUUUCCACAUUGUGCACUUUCAUGUUUACUACGUCUGUAUGCUUUUAAAUCAGUCCCUGAGCUAAGUUCUAGAUCGAUUACAACUCAGAUUUAUUUUGACACAAAUAAACCUGUGUGUGUGUGUGUGUGUGUGUGUGUGUGCGUGCGUGCGUGCGUGCUAUAGAGUGGCCAUCCAUCAAAAUCUGGUCCUUACUGAGUAAUAAAGUUACUGUAGAUAACUUGAUUAGCUUGUGUUGUGCUCUUUUGUGCUGUAUUAUUUAUUUUGUACACUACUGACUGAAUUACUGCUUUAUUUGCCUUUUUGUAAUAAAUGUGAUAACCACAAGCUUCA